AGAACAUGUCAGAGAGAAUCAAGAAUUCAUUGGAUGCCACGAAGAUUAAGAAGUUCCUUAAAGAGAGAAAAUCCAAAAAUAGAAGGACGAUAAAAUCAAUUGAGAAGGAAGAAGACAAGACUACCCAAGAGAACUUUGAAGUAAUUGAAGAGUUAGGAAAAGGAUCAUUUGGGAUAGUUUACAAGGUGAAAUCAAACUCUUCAGAUGGAAAGUUCUACGCAUUAAAAUAAGAUAUAAAAAGCUCCAACAAAACAGAAAAUCUGCUGAGUGAGGCCAUUAAUCAUAAGAAGGUAUCCCACCCUAAUAUAAUAAAAUGACAUUCCUCCUUCAUUGAUAGCCAGAAUGAUCUCAAUCUGCUCUUAGAAUAUGCCCAAGGUCGGGAUUUAUUGCAGUUGAUUCAGGAAAGAAAGAUUACCAAAAGGUUUUUACCAGAGAAGUUAAUUUGGGAUUAUGCUUGGCAAAUCUGCUGUGCAGUUCUGCAUCUCCAUGCUAAAGAUAUAAUCCAUAGAGAUAUUAAGGCUACCAAUAUUCUCCUUUCGAAAGAUGAAGAAUCUUCUAAAUUUGUGAUUAAAUUAGCUGACCUCGGAGAAUCAAGUGAACUUAGCACUAAAGAUUAUCUGAAAGGAAAGUAAAGUUGGAACUCCUCUGUUUUUGGCCCCUGAAGUUAUUAAGAAUGAUAAUUAUGAUCAUAGAGUUGAUGUAUGGGCUAUCGGAUGAGUCCUCUAUCAUCUUGCAGCCUUAGAGCCUCCCUUUGCAUACUCUAACUAUGAGACUUUAAUGAAUGCUAUUAGGUAUAAGAAUCCAAGGCCUUUGAGAUUAUUUUCUAAAAAGUUGUGAAAUUUUAUCCAAAUAAUGCUUGAAAAACAAAAAGUCAAGAGACCGUUUAUUAUUGACUUAUUUGAUAUGUUCCCGAAAGGAUAUAGUCUUACCAGAGAUAUUGACAUCGAGAAUUACAACGAAUUAAAGCUCAAAGAAAGUAGCCUUAUUAUCAAAAAUGACAGAGACUCAGGAAAACAGAAGAUCAAUUUAGAGUUUAAUGCAAUGAUUAGUAGACAAAAGAAGUCAAAAGAAUCUCUAAACAAGUUGUUAAAAUAAAAAGAUAAAGGCGAGAAAUACUUUUAAUCUCAAGAACUCUCCAGAUUUCUUCAGAAAGAAGCAUCUGAACAGCUCUAAAAUUGUUGAAGAGGCUAAAUAAGGAUUGGAACAAGACAGAGAAAAAGUAUUUAAAUUUCAAACUAAAUGUUAUCGAUCUAAAACGAAGCAUUAAUAUUACUAAAUAAAGAAGACUUUCAAAAGAAUUCCUUGACAAAAAGUGGCUUUUGCAAUAUAAAAGGGCAUCCUCGCAGUGGGUCACUUUCAAGGGUGCAAGCUAAUUCAUCAAUGGGCAUGAAAGAUCAUCACUCAAUUCCGGAUUACUAUCAAUCUGAAACUGAGAUUCUCCCUAAAGUCCAUAAGAAAAAUAAAUUUAUUGUGGUAGGACUAAAAUCGUCGAGUUUAUCACAAGAUAGAAGUAAUGAGUCUUAUCAGGCUCAUUCAAAAUUAGAAAACAAAUGUUUUGCACCUACUCCAUCUCCAAAAGGGAGUAAUAAGAACUCAUUCUAUGGUCAUAGAAGUAAUAGCAUUCCUUGGAAGGAUUUUAUGAUUACCAAACACAGAGAGCAAAAUGUCACUGAAAGAAGACAUUUAAAAUUUACGACCUCAGGCUCUUCUCUAGACCAGAACAAUUCUAUUACUGUUCGAAGGGAGAAAGAGAAUUUGAAUGCAACCAAUGCUCAGAACGCUAUUUAUCUGAAGGAAGGCCUUCAAGGAAACCAAGGAUUCCAGACUUCGUAUAAGAUGAACUCGGCUCUCAAUCUCCCAUUUUAUGGAAGAAGCCAAAUCGGAAGCGUAAAGGCUAUAAAAAGGAAAGUAGUAGGAGAUAGGUACCUCAAUGCUCCUCAUCAUUUAAACCAAACGCCAAGUCUCUACGAAUCUGAAACAGGAGCUCUGUAAUAAAAAUGA